UAGAGAGAGAGAGAGAGAGAGAGAGAGGGGAGAGAAACAGAGGGGAAGAUAAUGACAGGGAGGUAAAGGGAGGCUUUGAGCACAGACAGGGAGCAGAGAGGGAGCUUUGGAGGAGAGAGGGAUAGAUGCAGGGUAGAGACAGACAGAGAGACAGACAGAGAGACAGACAGAGAGACAGACGAACGGACGGGGAGAAAAGUCCCUCAGACAAGCAGAGAGAAUCAUCUUUAAAACAGUGAGAAUGACACUUUAAGUGGAAAAAAAAAAAAACAGAAAAGAAAAGAGAGGCAGCCCAGACAGAGCACAUCAGAAAACUCUCGCUCCCCUCCGUCCCCCCCGUCCCCUCCGUCCCCCCGUCAUCUGCUAACUGCACUUCGGGGGCUGUCCUGGUUCUGAAUGCCGCCGCUGCUGCUGCUGCCGAUGUGUUUGUGUGUGUCUCCACCAAAGGACUGCCUCUCACACAGAUGCCUCUCCCGCUGGCAGAGUUCGUACUGAAUAUCUGAAGCCUCAUCUUCCCCUUCCUCUCGGCCAUCAUGUCCCAGCUGCUCCAUGUGGAGAUACCAAACUUUGGGGCCACGGUUUUAGGCUCUCUGAACGAGCAGCGCCUGCUGGGACAUUACUGCGAUGUGUCCAUCCUGGUCAAAGGUCAGGCAUUCAAAGCCCACCGGGCGGUGUUGGCUGCCAGCAGCCUUUACUUUCGCGACCUCUUCAGUAGCUCCACCAAGACAGAGUUCGAGUUGCCGUCCUCAGUCACUCCUGCUUGUUUCGAACAGAUCCUCAGUUUCUGCUACACAGGGAAGCUAACAAUGGCAGCCAGUGAACAGCUGGUGGUCAUGUACACGGCAGGCUACCUCCAAAUUCAGCAUAUAGUCGAAAGAGGCAUGGACCUAAUGUUCAAAGCCAACUCACCUCACUGUGACUCACAAACGGCAGGGUCCCUGGAGGAAACAGGAUCCGAACCACAGAGUCCGUCCAACAACGGUAAUGGCCUCGCAGUCGCCGCCCUGCUGGGAACCCAAGGCUGGUCAACAUCUCUACUUCUGCCACCGCGCAAGAUUAAACUAGAAGUCGGCGAGCCCACGCCCCUGACGAUACCCUCGACACAAACUAAGAUUUCAUCUUCAGAGUUGGGCAGUCGGUUGAGCAGAGCUGGGUCGCUGUUCUACACAACGGCUGGAGGAACUCCAGUCCCUGGUCUGCCUCCUUAUCACCUCCAAGGACCCAAUGGAGUUGGAGCAGGAGGGGGUGGAGGUGGAGGAGGAGGAGUUGAAAGGUCCAGUCCUGGAGCAGCCAGUCUGCCCACUACUGACAGUCCAACGUCUUAUCAGAACGAGGAUGAGGAGUUUGAAGAAGAGCCGUAUGAUGGAAUCACAGAGGACGCCUACACUCAUCUCUACGGACGCUCAGCGAACCCCUACGGGAUCCAGGACAAGGCAGAAAUGGCAACAUUGCCCUUGGCUCUGGAGAACCGCAACUGUGUCCUGAUCCGUAGGGAUCUGGUGGCCCUGCCUGCUAGCCUCAUCAGCCAGAUAGGGUACCGCUGCCACCCUAAGCUCUACACGGAGGGGGACCCAGGAGAGAAGCUGGAAUUGGUUGCCGGUACGCAGGUGUUUAUGACUCGAGGCCAGCUGAUGAACUGUCAUCUUUGUGCCGGUAUCAAACACAAAGUCCUGCUUCGCCGUCUGCUAGCCACGUUCUUUGAUAGAAACACUUUGGCCAAUAGCUGUGGGACAGGAAUCCGUUCUUCUACCAGUGACCCCAGCAGGAAACCUCUGGACAGCAGGGUCCUCAACGCUGUCAAACUUUACUGUCAGAAUUUCAACCCUAACUUCAAGGAGAGUGAAAUGAAUGUGAUCGCUGCUGACAUGUGCACAAACGCCCGGCGCGUCCGUAAGCGGUGGUUGCCCAAGAUCAAGUCCAUGCUGCCUGACGGCAUGGAAGUCUACCGCGCAGGGAUGGGCAUGGGCGCCGCCGCCGUGGGCCUGAGCCUGGCUCUGGGGGCCGCUCAACCGGGGGUGCCCCUCCCGUUCGAUCCGGACUUCAAGACCCUGGAGCAGAGGUUGUAUCCAGAUCGUAAGGACCCUCUGAGGACUCAUGCAGCGCUCACAGACGGCAGCCCGGGGUCGGGGGCGGCCGGAGCAGAGGGUGAGGGCGAAGGCGAGAGAGCCAUCCAGGAAGAGCCCGAGGAAGACGAGGACGAAGCGGGGAUGGAGGGCGUUGAUGGUUCACUGGGGGCGCCGACGUUGAUGCCGUCAGGGGCUGAUGGGGGCAACUGUGGGGACCGACAUACGCCACCGGAGCAGCAGGUGGAAAGUUUUGAACAAGGUCCGAGGGUGAACGGACAGUGAAUGCUAAUCCAACGCCACACUCUCUUUGGCUCGCAUCUCCAUCCAGCACUCCUCCUUUUUCUCAUCCUCCUCUUCCUCCUCCUACUCUGUGCUUCCUUGACAGGAAUCUUCAGCACAAAACUCUGAUUUUUCACACACAUGCAUGCGCAUCAGUGUGCUUGUACACACACACACACACACACACUGAUGAUUGAAGUGGACACAGGCAUUGCAUUAGCAUCUCUACAACACGUUGUAGUGACGAGGAAUAUUUAGUACAAAGUCAACAGACACAGAGUGGCUGUUUAUGGUGUUAUUGGAUAAUUCAUUAUUUGUUAAAUGAAUGGUCCUCAACCCUUGUUGUACCAAGGACCGAUUGACCGGUGUUUUAGCCGUUACUGUGGACCGGUGAUACCGCACCAUCAUGGCAGGAUCAUUAACUUUUCUUUCAGACUUUCUUCUGCUAGUAUCAGAGUCUGAAUGACCUGUUGUGUCCCACUGCGGCCCGGUACCAAAUGACCUACGGACCGGCACCGAUCCCCAAACCAGGGGUUGGGACCCCCCUGCUUUAAGGGUUAAUCAUUAAGCGAAGCCCAUUUUAACCAGAGGGAAAAUGAAACAGAAAUAAAAUUCAAGCACAGAGAUGAUAUAAAUAUUUGAUUUUUCCUUUUAAUCAGGAAAACACUUUGAUUUCAGAAAAGACGUCUCUGUAUCUAACAACUAAUCAGUCACAUGACCUUUGGUCACGACCUUUCCCUUGCAGUGAGUUUGUCAAUGUGACGCCUGUGUCUGCUCCAUGACCCCCUGACCCCCUCCAACACAUAGAGAUGCACACAUCCCACACAUACACGUGCACAUUUCCUACCUGAUGAUAGUAGUCUUUUAAUAUCUGCAACGACGCAUUGGAAAUGCACCAUCCAAAAAAAAAAAAAAAAAAUAAGAAAGAAAAAAAGCAACAGUCAAAAUAGAAAUCUCUAAACGUCUGUCUGACAGACAUGGACAGGAACUAACAUCCCAGCUUAUGUGCAUGAAUACAAACCAACGGAUACACACCGAUACUGAGAUCGACGACAACAAGAAAGCCACAAAACCUGCAUCUGAAUUUUAAAAAACAACAAAAAAACAAAAACAGCUAUUAUUGCCUCAAGAUAUGCCAUUACUGCGCAACUGAACUCUGUUCUCACAGACCUCUGUCUGACUGACACGAUUGUUACUCUGAACUCGACUGCGCUCGGUCGGGUUUUUAUUUCUUUGUAUCUGUCACCACACGGGUAGAGGAGACUCAUCGGACGGAGUGGUACUACGCCAUGUGGUUGUGCAUGUCGAUGCCAGAGAGAAGCACUGAUUCACCUCGCCGCGGUGGUGUCACUGGCACCAGGUCCUGCUUCCAUCUGGUUUUUGUCGUAGGGAGGGUUUGUCGGGGGGUAAAUUAUUUAAUAAAAUGUAUGAGAGCAAUUAUUACUGCUGGCUUAUUGCAUUUGCACUCAAAAAAAAGGUUAAAGGUUGAAGACUAAGGAGUUUGUCCAAACAUGAUUGUACUAAAGGUGGAAAUCCGCCUCCAAAUCUCCCUGAUAAUUUAUUCGAUUCUGGCGUUUCUUUCAGGGUUGGAAGAAUUGUUUUUUUUCUGAUGUUGACUGUUUCUCAAAAAUUUCAGAUGGGAAUGCCAUGAAGCAAUGUCAAAGUGCAACUUAAACCUGUAUUUGUAUCUAAAAAAGAAAUAUAUUUUUUAAUCAUUUUAUCCUUUCUGCCUCGUGCUAGGCGACAGUCCAGACCGUACUUCUUUUUCCUUUGUUUUAUAUAAAACUGCACUGUUUUAUGUCUUCUUCACUUUACUGGGGUUUUCUGCUCUGCAGCACAAGAUCAGAUAUAAAUUGAGGAAAUGGCAACCCAAAUAUGUCCUUGAAACCAUUAUGUUUUUAAAGAAAAUAGAACACAUUAACAAGUGAUUUAAAACUCCAAAAAAUGUUGACUUUUGCACCAUUUGAAUUUGAUUUAAAAAAAAACAACCUCAAAGUUAAAAAAAAAGACAAUAAACGUAAUGUGCUCAAAAGCUUUAAAGCUGCAAAAAAAAGGCCCUGUGAAAAACACAGGGAUGAGAUUGCACUAGGUAAUAAUGAUAAAGAAACGUUUACAGAAUUUCCCCUUUUCUUUUCUUUUUUUAAAAAUAUUUAAUAAAAAUGUGACCUGCUAUUGAUAAAACAGGGAGGCGACCAAACGGCUGAGGGAAUGAGUGAAUGUAAACUGAAGCACCGCUGUGACGAGUGCUACGAACUUUGACUGAAUAAAACGAAAUGCUUUUUUAAAUACUGAUGAUUGAACAUCGGUUCGACGCGUUAAGAAAGAAAUACGUACAUAUUUAUUGUCGAACCAAAUUCUGCAGCUUUUUUGCGACGGUGAAAUUUGUCAAAAUAAGACAUAAAGAAGUGUUUCUGUAACAUUAAGAAACUUAAUUUUUUAUUUUUUUUACUUGUUAUUAUUCCACUGUUUCCCCAAGACAGAAUGUCAUCUGUGUCUAAAAGACAUGUAUUCCUAAAACUGACAGGUCCUAAAAUGUUUUUAUAGGUUCCCUUGAAGUCUCAAAAACUAAUAUUUUUAUUUAUUAAGAGAAAAAAAUACAUCUUAUUAAAGGCAUUUUAUUGUUUGUUAGAGUCACUGCCUUGAUGCCCUUCUUACUUCAUCCUUUAAAGCGAGUCUUCCCAGAUGUGUUUGCCUACAGCGUUCUCCAAUAAUUACAUUACUGCCAUCCCCCUAAAAUUAAAAGUCAUUUUUCUCUAAGUAUUUUCAUGCACUAUAAAGUAGGCCUUUGUUUUUUGUUUUGUUUUUUUUUUGCCUUAAGACCUUUUUUUAAACUCGUCUUAAUCUUAAAGUAAGAGCAAAUUGAUGAAAGAGCGGGAAAAAAAAACACUGACGUAGUAAAGAGUACAACAGUGUGUCAUAGUAAUAAUGAGGUGAGGAGCAGUGCCUUAGAUUGUGACUGUGUGUGUGGUUGUGAUGAUGUGUGUCUUCAUAUCAGGGGAGUGAAAAACAGGACUGUGGUAGAAUAUCCGAGCUGACAGAGUUUUAUUUUUUACAUCAAAGAUUUUUUUACUACAAAGUAUGAAUAUUGGCUUAAAAAAAAACAAAAACUUGCAUGAUGUAAAAUUAUAUAUUAAAAAAAAUGCCACUUUGCAUUUGACAGCAUGUCACUGUUAAAGGGAGUAAGUGAGCAAGUUCACCUGAAAUAUUAACUUUAUUAUUAUUAUUAAUAAUAUUAUUAUAUUGACUUUCUAUUGAAUCAGAUUUUAUUCAGUUUUCAAAAAUACACUUUAAAGUCAGUCUGCUUAUAAAAUGAUCACAAUGAAAUAAUCACAGAAAUCAAGUUUGUAAUGUAAUGUAUAAAUUUAAGUCGUUUUCCAAUGAUUCCGUCCACUUUUGUCUCUUUGUCACCUUAGGUGCAAAUCAGUGCAAAACAAAAAACAAAAACUAAUUUUUUUUUUUUUUUUUUUUUUGCUGUCCUUUUGCUUGGGUUCCUUGUUGUGCAGGGUGAAUGUGAGCAGGAACAAAGUUGCACUAAAACUGAAAGUUUCUUAGAAAUGUCAUGGCUAACCCUGGGGAGGAUGAGCUCUGUUUCCUGUGUCUGACUGAAAAAGUCCUGAAUAAGUCCUGUAUAUACAGUAAUUCUGUCUGAUUUUCUUUGUUUGUUUUUGUUUUGUUUUUGUUUUUUUGCAUUGAGUGCAGUUUCCUCACAACAUUUAUAUUCAUCGGCAGAUUUUUGCUUGCCAUCCACCUGUAGGGGCGCUGUAAAUCACAAUAGAAGAGUUUCCAUGGGAUUUUACAGUAUGAAAUCCUAUUUAAAAAAAAUAAUUUUUGCAAAUAAAUUAUUUAAUAUCUUAACUAUCACAGUGCUCAGCUCACCCUCAUUGAACGGUAAAAUCCAAAGCAGUGGUUUUUGGUCAUUUCCAGAGUGGACUCCUGACAGGCGUACAUUUUUAUGCAAAAAGAGACACUUGUAUCAUGAAUUGCAUGCCAUCCAGAACGAUCGUUCUAACCCGACGAAACCUCUGACCCUUAUGCACCAUGUAUUUUAUGCUGAACAGCUAAUGUCACUGUUAGCAAACAAAGACUGUGGACUCUGUGAAACGAGUGGGGUUGUAUUUUCACAGCACACCCCGCACAGCCUUCAACUGAAUGUUCACCUCUCCUGAUAGAAACAGAGUGGAAAACGUAGACUAACUACCCAAGUUGAGUGUGCAUUUGAACCUUGAGCAGACUCAAAAGAAAAAUGCACUAGAAGUGUGUGUAUACACCGUAUGUCCGUGUCCUCGACAAUGCCAGCACUUUAGAACUACUUUAAAAAAUAAAAUAAAAAAUUAAAAAGGAAAAGAGAACUUGACGAAGGGUUGGGUAGAUCCGGGGGGAAAUGCAACUUAUAAAGCCAUGUGUUCAGAGCGCUGACAAUCAGAACAGGGAGGAGACUCAAAGAGCAGUAAGGGAGAUCUGACAUGACUCGCUGUGCUUCUGCUACUGCUUUGUCUUUCUCCGGCUUGCUUUGGUCUCUGCUCGCUGUCUCCUCAGAGUGGAGGGACGAUACGAUGUUAACUCCAGCCUUCUAUUGUCACAAAUGUGUUUGUCUCCACAACAAGGACUGAAUGAUAUUUGACUGAUACCUUGGUGCUUUUGUGAACAGAGCCGUUGUACAUGGUCGUGGACAAUACAGUCAUCUGUGAAGCUCUGGUUAAACACAGAGUCUUGGGCUCAUCGGUGACUUCUAGAUGGAAAACAGUCAAAACAGGAGUCUUUCAUGCAAAUCUACACUUUUGCUCAUGGCAAUGUUCUUGACUAUCAACCAGGCCUGGACCAGGCCAAUAGACAUGGGACGUUUAUGGUGUUGUUAUGGCUUUAUGUUACAAAAAAAAAAAUGUUUAUGCUCCUUAUGAAUCAAGCAUCAGAAAUAUAUACAACAAAAAUGCAAGUUGCCACUUUUGAUGUUGCGUAAGAAUCUAUGUUUCAUUCCCAUCAUGGUAUUUGCCACCACCAGUUUGGGUUGUGUAGUAAGUGAUCUCUUUAAAUGCAAUACAGAAAAAUUCUGCUUUCUAAUAAAAGUCCUUACUUCAC